UUUUAUCAACUCUUUUUCUUUUCCAGGGAAGAAGAAAAGCAAAACAGGAUUGAUCGUAGGUACUUGUGUUUCCAUCUCGGUGGUUUUGGCUCUUUUUGCAUUAUUUUGCUACUGCAAAAGAAAAAGAGAGAGAAGAGAGAAAGAGAAAGAGAACGAGAAAGAGCCACCACCGCUGCAGCAUCAAUUGAAGAAAUAAUGAUGCCAAGGGAAAGAGAAAACCCAAUAGAGGAACAACUAUCUGCCCCAAUGGAUUUUACGAUGAUACUGAAUGCCACAGACAAUUUCUCUCAAGAGAUCGGACAUGGUGGGUUUGGGUCUGUGUACAAGGGUGUGUUAGCCAGCGGGGAAGAAAUCGCUGUCAAGAAACUUUCAGAAAUCUCGAAACAAGGGUUGGAUGAGUUCCGUACCGAGGUGAGGUCUAUUUCACGCCUUAGACACCUUAACAUCGUCCGUCUGUAUGGUUGGAGCGUUUACAAUGAAGAGAAGCUCUUGAUAUACGAGUAUCUAGUCAACGGCAGCUUAGAACGACAUCUUUUUGGUGGUGGUGAGCUAAAUUGGGAAACGAGAUUUCAUAUUAUCAAGGGUGUAGCUCAAGGCCUAGCAUAUAUCGAAGAAGGGGGAUACGAUCUGAUUAUACAUCGGGACUUGAAGCCUGAUAAUAUCUUACUUGACAAAGAUAUGAUCCCUAAGAUAUCAGAUUUCGGGUUGGCCCGAAUGUGUACAAGGAGCGAGAAGGAAGUUAUCACACAGCAUACGGCUGGAACGCAUGGCUACGUAUCGCCAGAAUCCCUUUUAGAUGGCAUAUUCUCAUCUGCGUCAGACGUCUUCAGUUUUGGAGUUAUUGUUCUUGAAAUUGUUAACGGGAAAAGGAACAGAUCAUUCUCCUCUUCUAUUGGCUAUCUUCUCGGUUACGCGUGGAACAAAUAUAAUGAAGGAAACUGGAGUGAAAUCAUCGAUGAGAAGAUCAGACAAGACUGUGUAGAGUCUUGGCAAGUGUUGAGAUGCAUUGAAGUGGGACUCCUGUGUUCUCAAUAUUUUGCAAGGGACAGACCGAAAAUCUCCCUGGUUGUGGCUCAACUCCAACAGGAAACCAUUGAGAUUCAAAAGCCAAAACGCCCUGCCUUUUACCCAAUUGAUGAAGGCAAAAGUGGGAUUCCUUCCUCUUCAAACUCGAAGGGAGAAUCUUCCACACCGACUCCCUAUACAGUUAACCGCUACACGUUUUCAGAGAUCGAUGCUCGGUGAAUUCUUAACUACUUGCUAUUGUAUUUGGAGGACCUCCAAGAAAAUAACAAAACUUUGGGGCUGAUCGUAGCUGGAACUUGGUGUAUAUCCUUUU